GGGCGGGGCUUAAGAGCAGCAACAUUCCAUAACAUGUAGGAACGCCCCUCAGAUUUAACAGGAUAUCUGCAGUUUUAAUGGUGCCUGCUGAAGGUUGACGCAAACUGCAGAGCCACGUGUGUUUUCGUAUAACGGCACGUUAACGGUUGUUUAACGAUGGCUGCAGCUCUGGCCAACAGAGCGAUGGGAGCCGUCGUGGGAUCAGCAGUUGCAGAUGCAGCAGCGCAGCCCCUCCACUGGGUCUACGACCUGCAGAAGCUGCAGGGGAUCCUGGCUCAGGAUCCCAACCCUGAGUUCCACUCCGAGUCGGCCAACCCUUUCUACACCAGGCAGACGGGACAGCAGAGCUGCUACGGAGACCAGGCCUUCGUCCUGCUGGAGUCCCUGUCUGAAUGUGGAGGGCUAAAUGUGGAUGAUCUGAAGCAGCGCACACUGAAAUUCUUCGGUCCCGGAUCAGAGUACGACACGCCUAUCAACGACCCGUACAGAGAGAGAGGAGGGCCGAGACCUCAGCUGCCCAUCCAGGGACCGUGGAGACACGCCAGUCUGAAGGGCUUCCUGAAGAACGUGGACGCAGGCAAAGAGGAGACGGGCUGUGAGAACGACUGCCAGAUCGAUGGCAUCACCAGACUGGCUCCUAUAGUCGCUUUCUAUGCAGGAAAACCAGACAUGCUGGAGAAGGUCGAGCAGGCGGUCAGAGUCACUCAGAACAACGAUGCAUGUGUGGCAGAGACUCUAGCAGCUGCAAGGUUCCUGGAGCAUUACAUUCUGAACGGUCCUGAUCCAAAAGCCUUGGACUCUGUGCUGGAUCAGCUCAGUGACCCGAACAGGAAGCAGCCUCAGGAUCUGGACAAAGCCAUCAUCGGACACAUCCAUCAGGUGAAGGAGAAUCUAUCAAAGACUCCUCAGGAGAUCAUCCCCGCUGUGUUUCCAAACACAUGAGGGUUGCCAGGUGCGUUCCAGGCGGCGCUGCACGGCGUCCUGACAGCUCAGCACUACCAGCAGGCUGUCAGAGACACCAUGAGCUGUGGGGGAUGCACCUGUAGCAGAGGCUCCUUCAUCGGAGCCUGCCUCGGGGCGCAGGUUGGACUUGAGGGAAUACCAGCGUCCUGGACGUCCAAAACUCUGCGUUAUGACUCGGUGUUGGAGCACGCCAAGAAGAUUAGCAAGCACCAGCAGUAGUGCUUCUGUUUCUGUGGCCGAGAACUGAAUGAACAAGUGUUGAUCUUUGACAGGACAGUGAAUGAAGGUUGUUGUCUAAACUUCUGGACGGCAGCAACCAGAUGUUGUUUUGUCUCUGUUAAAGUUAAACACGGUGGUUCACAUGUUCAAUAACUGACUUCUUCUCAAUAAAGUUCUUCUGAAAAAAUA